GUUGAUUUUCGAAUGCGGGCGUCGUGGGGGUUCGAGAUUUUUCAGAAUUUUUUAUUUUCUGGCUGUACUCGGUUUCCUAAUGGAAUCACGGGAGUUGUCGUCCAAUCUGCUUGUAAAAGCCUUGAUCGUGAAUCUUGAAUCUUACCGGGGAGAUCCGAUUUGCCUCAACUCCUACACGCUUUUGGAGUUUGAUAAGCUGAUGGCGAAAGUUAAAUCGUUCUUGUCCCAUUGUACAAUUUUCGAACCUAGCAAAGAAGACGAGGACGAGGUGAAUAAGCUUCUGGAUAAUGGCUAUCUUCCUGCAGAAAUCAUUAGAUGCCGUGAGUGCAAUGAAUCAUUCGAGAGCCAUCAUACGUUCAAGGCUCAUCUGCAAAGCAAGCACGGAAUCUUCUUCAAUGCUGGACCAAAGCUAUCUUCUAUUCCAUCGCCACAAGUAUCACCAGCACAGGCAACUCCGCCAGCACAGGCAACUCCGCCAGCACAGGCAACUCCGCCAGCACAGGCAACUCCGCCAGCACAGGUUUCAUUUUUGGAACGUAAUUGCAUACCAAAGACGAGCGAGAAUCUCUCGAAAAGCACCAAAAAAUUCCUGGGCAAGGAUCCAAAUAAUAUUGCUAGAGUUCACAUGGCCAUGAGUGAUCUGAUUCGAAACGACUCGAAAAUCUUCAACCAAUUAUUACAACUGCGAAACGUGCUUUUUCCGCACUUUCCACGUGCCAUUUGCUACCCGUUUGGAUCGCGCUGCAUCGGAACCGCUUCAAUUACCAGCGAUAUUGAUGUGUUCGUUGACUUGGAAGGCACUUUCUGUGGUCGUGAGGGAAAGGACGAUGAUGUCAUUAGUCCGCAGGAAGCGGUCGAGAAAGUCCAAUCUAUCUUGGAGGCUACAUCCCUUUGGUCGAUAGAGGGUGCGAAUCCCAAGGCGAGGGUGCCAUUGUUGAAAGUGGUGCACUUGCAUACUGGCACAAAAUGCGAUCUCACCUUCACCAAUGGUCUGGGAUGUUGCAAUACCAAGUUGCUGGAAUAUCUAUUCAGCCUGCAGCCGACCAGUCGUGCCCUGUUAUGUUAUCUGAAGCAAUGGAACAUCGAUAGCUGCCUGACUAGCUACACCAUUGCCCUAAUGGUGAUCUUCUUUUAUCAGUGCCAUGGACUGCUCCCUUCGAUAGAAUUUUUGCAAAGAAAUCCGGAUUGUAUCAAGAAUAUUGAUUUUUGGAACGCCGGGUUUGAAACUCUGUCCCUUUCGGAACUGGCAAUGGUGGAAUGUAAGGAGGCAGUCAGUGAUUUAUCACGCAGAUUUUUCUAUUUCUACAGCAACGAAGACGGGGGGUUCUCGUGGGAUACCGACAUCGUGUGCCCAUUCCUGGGAAGGCUUGGAAUCACAAAGAUGAUGUUUGCGGACCCCAACCUAACUGAUUUACCGCGCGAAAUGGUACGAUUUCAAUACUACAUGACCAAACACUGGCAGGAAACAGACCGUUUGAAGCUUUUUGCCUACGAUCGACCGUUCGUAGUUCAAGAUCCGAUCGAUCUAUCGCACAACGUUGCCAAAGGUGUACCCCCCGUGAAGGCGGCCAAAUUUAUACGUUAUUUCUAUCUUAGUGCGAAUUUUCCGUCCUAGUUGUAGAAAGUAGCCAGACUUGACUUGAAGUAUCAUACAAGCGCUAUGGUUACAGAGAACAAGAACGUCUUAUCACCAAAUGUGCCAUAAGAGAAGGAGAGAAAUAUGAAUUUUACAAGAGGACAGUUACCGGACCAUCGAAACGAGCUGAUCUUAUGAUAUUUUGAGCUCUCUUUAAGGAAUCUGAUGAAGUGAAAAGCAAUAAUAUAUUUGUAAU